AAUGGAGAAGAAAGCGAAUCGAUUUUUAUUUGCUUUGUCUAUCGAAUGAGAUUGCCGAUCUUAACUGUCAUCUCAUGUGCGUCUUGAAGCAUAAAAACAAUAGAGAAGAAAGUGUCACUCACACAAUACACACUUGCAUUUUCGUUUGAUGCAGUAGUAACAUUUGUGUAUAUAGAACGAAACAGAAACAAAAAAAGAAUGGACAAAGCCGAACUGGAUGUAUGAAUUAUUUCAGUGGGACGAUAGCAUUGGGAUAGGCCAAGUUAUAUUGCUUUGUUUGUGAUUUUUUUUUUCGUUUAGGCUCGCCAUUUGUGUAAUAUUUUGUUUUUUUUUUAGUUCUGUUGUUGUUGCAAAUUGUGUGGCCUCUAUAAUUCCGUUUCACUUUCAUUUAAUUAACAAACAUAGUGCCAGUGCAAAUAUACUGUGAAGUAUAGAAAAAACGAAUUCAUUCGGAAUUUUGCUAAUUUUAUUUAUAAACUUUGUGGAAGUUUUGGCAAAAGAAGAGGAUUGUUAGCGUUUUUCAAAGAAAUUCGUGUUAUAUUCAUGUGAAUUAAAUGGUGCAUGGUGUUUACAUUUGCCUUAUCAUUGUUUAGAAAAACCCAAAAGAGAAGAGCAGGAACUCACUAUCAUAAUGUGUUUACGAUGUCAUCCGCAAUCCAGGAAAUAUUGGGUCUUCGGAUGUGGAACAUUUUUUGUACUGUUGGCAUUAAUUGUCGGUUUGCUUUGGCCAGCUAUUGCCAAUUUAAUUUUGCACAAACAACUGGAGUUGAAGAAAGGUUCAGUAAAUUAUAAAAACUGGAUUGAGACACCGAUUCCGAUGUACAUAAAAUUCACGAUGUUCAAUUGGACCAAUCCGGAUGACAUACGCACACCAAACUAUAAACCGAAUUUCGUUGAAAUGGGCCCAUAUGUGUUUUCGGAAAAACAUAAGCGUGUUAAUGUUACGUUUCAUCCGGAAAACGACACCGUAUCAUUCGAUCAAAUUCGUACAUGGCACUACAUACAGAACAUGUCGAAUGGUUCGCUAGAUGAUGAAGUUACAAAUGUGAAUGUUAUUGCGGCGUCAGCUGCAUUUUCACUCCGACAUUCGAAUGCGAUAAUAAAAAUGGGCGCAAAUGCAAUAAUGGACGUGAUGAAAGUGAAAUUAACGGUUACGAAAACUGUUAGAGAACUAUUGUUCGACGGAUAUUCCGAUCCGUUUUUAACAUUCGUCAAAAAGCUACCAGUGGGCAAUGCGCCGCCAUUUUCGAAAUUUGGAUGGUUUGUUGAUCGCAAUGGAUCGUGGUCGUAUGAUGGCCACUUUGAAAUGCGUUCGGGACAAGCGGACAUUAAGCAAAUGGGAUCGCUAACCGAAUGGAAUUAUGUGAAUAAGACAAAGUAUUAUCAUGGCGAUUGCAGUAAAUUAAAGGGAACAUCUGGCGAGCUUUGGCCAAUGGACAUGAAUCCAACUGGUGAUAUAUCAUUGUUUGUCACCGAUUUGUGUCGACCUUUGACACUGUCAUAUCAACAGCAGCACACACGAUUCGGUGUGACAGGAAGUCGAUGGGUGGGCGAUUCACGUGUAUUCGAUAAUGGACGAAAUUAUCUACCAAACAAUUGCUAUUGUACUGGAGCAACAGAAUCAUGUCCGGAUUUGUUGAGUGGUGUUCAUAAUAUGUCCGAUUGUCGUUUUGGUGCACCCGUGUUUGCAUCGUUUCCGCAUUUUUAUCUCGCUGAUAAAAAAUAUGUGAAUAGCGUCACUGGCCUAAGUCCAAAUCAAAGCAAACAUGAAUUUUCUUUGUCACUUGAACCAUAUACAGGAAUACCGUUGGACGUUGAUGCCAAAAUUCAAAUCAACGCUCUCAUUCAACCGAUUAGUCAUUUCAAAUUAUACGAGAAUAUUCCAAAGUUAAUGAUUCCCACAUUCUGGUUUUCUCAAACCGUGGAACUUGAUGAGAAAAUAGCAAAGAGCGCAAAGAUUGCACUUCAGCUGCCAUCGAUUGGACUAUAUCUUGCCGCUGGUGUUUCUGGCCUCGGUAUUAUAUUGUUGCUAGUAGGUGCUAUACUAACAAUCACAAAGUCAUGGAGUGCCUAUCAAAAUCUGGAAGAUGAACCAAACAGCGAUAGCACCACCAGUUAAAAAAAAAGAAAAUGCCACACAAAUUUACAUCGAAACUAGUCAAUAGACCGAAUUCUUUGCCAAAAAAAAAGAAAGUUUCAAAGUGGUAGACGCCAUAUGCAACGACAUGAACCGACUUUAUUUUUAAAUAAAUUUUAAAUAUCUUAAGGUAGAUUCAGUUGUGUAAUUCAAUUUUAAUAAUUGUGAUAUAUUUUCUCUUUUUUUCCAAAAUUCCAAAAUGUUUAAACGAAUGCAAUUUCAAGUGCCAAUGCUAUAAAGAUAUGUUGCAUAGGACGAGCCUAAAAGUGUCUUUUACGUGUAUUUAUCAGUGAAGUGAACUAAAACCAAACCAUUUCAUUGGUUUUACUUACCGAACGAACCGGAGCAAUCGGAACGUUCCGACAAUGGGUUACACUGUGCAGUAUACACACGACCGUGCAAUGGCUGUACGUGUAUUAGUGUGCAUUGCUAUUCACGUACACAUACGUCGCCAUACAAACCAUUCUCGGAACGUUCCGCUCGCUCCGUUUCGUUCACACAAAACGAAACCAAUUCCGAGAUACCGCUCCGAAAUCGGUUUGUAUGAGAAAUGUCAAACCGGUUCACUUCACUGGUAUUUAUAUACAAACGUCGUUUUCUGAACUUUAGAAGAAUCCCCCUACACUAAUGUAAGAGGAACUAGAAGAAUAGGAAUUGGAUAAAUUUCCACUAUUGUAUAUUAAAUAAGACAUGAACCACCACAAAUUUUUGUUAGUUCAAAGACUAUAGGCUACAUACAGCGCCAUUCAAUAUAUGACAACUAUAAUCGUCCUAUGAUAUGUUGGCUUGAGUGCUUAUGGUUUACACGGAAGUAAAGAACGACAUCAAGAAUGGAUGGGUUUUUAUAACCACAGAAAAUUCUUCCAUUAUCCAUUAAUGAAUAACCAGACCGGAGCAUUGGCAUAUGAAUGAAAGCUGCUCAGCAUUAAAUUGAAUUGUAAUUAAGUAAAUUGUUUGACCGUGUAGGCUCCUUGGACGAAAAUGUCGAUCAUAUCAGUGAGAAAUGCGCAGUUUCAGAAACUGAUAGUCAAUUUUUUUUUAAAGAAGCAUUACCAGCACGGUAUUUAUGCAGAAUACCAAAUACAAAUGAAUAGUCAAUAUUAAAUCGAUACCAAAUAUGAAAUUUAGGGUGAGACACCUAUGAGUCCAACGUAAAUUUGGUGAAUCUCGUGAUUUCUUUGAAUCCAAAAAUAGUUCUUCGAUUUCAACGUAUUUUGAGAAUUUGACAUUAUAGCGCUAUGUCGCUAUUAUAUAUAUGAUUUUUCUACAUUUUAUGUCAGUGUGUACAUUACAUAUAGAACAGUAAUGUGCGAGCUACAUUUUACAGGGGGGGGUGAUUUUUCAAAAACUAAAAAUUCUCUCAUCUGAACAACAAAUUUCGUUUUUUUUUUUUUU